GUGGUGCAACUCAUUCUGAGGCAUCUGAAAAAGCGGAAUAGGAAUCAGUUCGAUCAACUGCUGGAAUUUCCCGCGUAUCCUGAACCUGUUAUCGAUUUCAAUGAACAGGAAGAAGUGAAAAUCUUGGAAAUGCCGCUUUCCUUGGAACUUUAA